AUGAGUUGCUGGGAUGCGGAAGAAGGAAAAUUAGAAAAGAAUGUAACAAGAAAUAGCUUUAAAGUGAAAGCUUUUGAAAGCUCAAAGUUCCCCAAAGAAAGCUCAAUGUUGAGUAACAAAGAAACUUUGCCGCCUUUUAAUUAUUUUGAAACGAUACAACAAUUAAAAUGUUUAUGUUAA